AUGGAAUGGACUGUCUCUGGCGUGUGCAGGCUGCUAUCAUCAGUGAUGUCUGGAACAGAGUCUCAUACAGACAGAGAGGAGGACUACAGGUUCCUCCACAGCAUGUUGAUGGAGAAGAAGCUUCACUUGCUCUUCAAGAUCCACGAGCGACUGAAACGUUUUGAGAAGCGAAGCCCCAUCCCCGUCCAAGAACAUGCAGCAAGUCUGGCCUCAGAUUUGGCCGAGGAGCUGAUGUAUCAAGGCUGGAGAGAUGAAGUCAAAGAACUGGUUGCCCUCUUUUCCAAACCCCACUUUAAGGGUCUCCUGUCUGUCCAUGACGCUGUAGCUCAGAGAGACUUUGAACCUACUCUGCCGCCAGUCCCUGAUGAUGUCCUGGAGGAGGACGAGGAUUCAGUCAAAAUUGUCAGUCUGGUCAAAACCAAAGAACCCCUGGGGGCAACAAUUAAGAGGGAUAAAACCACUGGGGCUAUUGUAGUGGCGAGGAUCAUGCGAGGAGGUGCGGCUGAUAAAAGUGGACUGAUCCAUGAAGGAGAUGAGCUGAAAGAGGUGAAUGGAAUCUCACUGGAGCACAGGAAGCCAAAAGAAAUCCUCCCUCUACUGGCCUGCUCUCAGGGUGACAUUACAUUCAAGAUCAUUCCUGCCUCCUCAAAGGAAGAAAUGUCUUCAAAUAAGAAGAAGCUCUUUGUACGGGCUCUUUUUGACUACGAUCCAAACGAGGACCCCACUGUCCCUUGCAAGGAUGCAGCAGUUUCCUUUAAAAGGGGCGACGUCCUUCAAAUUGUCAGCAUGAAGGAUGACACCUGGUGGCAGGCUUGUCACCUCGCAGACAGCAGCAAUCGGGCAGGACUCAUCCCCUCACAGCAGCUACACGAGAGGAGAGUUGCACUACAGCGACCCAGAGCCCUGUUCAAGCCUCGGCGAGUUAAACCACCAGGCUCUCUUCCUGUUUUUCCAGUCAUGGAGGAUGUAGACUAUGGAGCUAUAACAGGGAUCCACAUUGCUGGUUUAAGAAGGAGUUUCCGACUUGGCAGAAAGAGCAGCCGGGCCAGAGAAGCGGCUCGGUCCCGGAGGUGGAGUGCAGGGGUACAUGGCUCACUCCGUCCCCCGACCUACAUAGAGGUGAUCCCCUAUCGCAGAGACUCCAAAGACAGACCGCGUCUGGUCGUUUUGGUUGGGCCCAGCGGUGUUGGCGUCAAUGAGCUGAAGAGGAGGCUCCUGAUCUCCGAUCCUGACCGCUAUGGCGUCACUGUACCGCACACCACACGUGAGAAGAGGAGGCAGGAGAACGAAGGGAUGGAUUAUCAUUUCGUAUCAAUUCACAUGUUUGAAGAGGACAUUCUCAAUCAUAGGUUUAUAGAGUAUGGGAGAUUCAGAGGUCAUUACUAUGGAACAAGUCUAGACUCUGUGCACAGAGUGAUGGCUGAGGGCAAGGUCUGCAUCCUGGAUGUACAUCCUAGUAAAAUAAAGCAUGUGUACACAUCCGAAUUCAAACCGUACGUGGUGUUUGUGAAACCCCCGCGUAUCGAGGAGCUGCGCCUCACCAGGCGGAGAGCUAAAUUCAUCUCGGAUGAAGAGGACACAAACCCAGUCAGGAUCUUUUCAGAGGAGGAUUUUGAGGACAUGAUUGAAUUGGCUGAAACCAUGGAGAACCAGUACGGUCACCUGUUUGACAAAGUGAUUGUUAACGGGGACGUGGCUCUGGCGUUCAGGGAGUUGAAGGCCGAGCUCGAGAAGAUCGAGGAGGCAGAGGUCCAGUGGAUUCCUGCAGAGUGGAUUCGCACCUCACCAACAGCAGCACGGAGAAGUUUCGGUCAUUUGACCGGCUGGAUUUGAACUUUAAGCUCUUGAGACACACAGGAAACUAUAAUUGGCUAAGUUUCUCCUGGUAAUGAAAGCAUUUGUCUUAUGAAUGACUUUUGACAGAACUGUGCUUUGAUGAGGAAUAUGUCAACCAGAUGUUUUCUUUUUUCAUAGGACACACAAAAAAAAUGUAUUUAUUAAUUGUAAGAUAUGUAAGAAGUCAACACCUUCAACCUCUGACACUGAAUUUCUGUCAUAUUUUAAAUAUUGUUCCAUUUGUAAACAAGUGCUGUGAUUACCUCAGUUUUCCACAGUGUCCCUCAGUGUGUAUCUAAUUAGGCAAACAGAAUCCAUCUCUCUCUCUCUCGUUCUCCCUCCGUCUGUCUCAGAGCCAGUUUUUCUGUUGGCAUUUGGCUGAAAUAACGUCGGCUCGCAGGACGAAGAAGAGAAAAAAAAAAGAAAAAAGAAAAAGGAAACUCUCCAGAGCUUGUGGCUGAGUGUAAUCCUUCCCUGCCAAGUCGCAAACAUCAGCAUGUAAUUAUUCUGACAGCUGCUGCACUUCAAUUAACUGUAAUGUACACCAGAGAAAUAUUAUUAGUAGCAGUCGGGGGAGACAUUUUGCCAGAAAUAUGCUGGAGAAAAUAGGGACACAAACAAGAAAACAGUCGAUCAAAAACAUAGACAAAGCAGAGUGAAAACCUUUUUUCUGGGUGUAAGUUGUAGACUUGUGUAUAUAUUGUUUACAUUUCAUAGAUGAGGACUAUAAAAGUUGCUGCUAGUUACAAUCACUAUAAUCAGCAUUAUAGUAUCUUGGCUGUUGAAGACUUUCAGGGCUUGAAAUUGUGUAUUUUCAAGCACCCAAUGUUGAAAAUCAACUUCAUUAAAGAAUAUUA